AUGGUUAACAGCAACACCAUCGAGGUCAUCGUCACCGUCGGUCGUCGUGCUCCCGCAGCGGCCGCCCAGGCCCUCAUCUCCUUUGUGAAGGGGUUCUUCGAGUACAUAAUCUUCAUUGGUCUGCCAGAAUUCUACGUGCCAUGGAUGUCGCUUGCGGGCUGUCGUUCCCUAACCCUUGGCUGCGCAAGGAAGGCCCAAGCCGCCGCGCGCAAGCAGGAGCUCAAGGAGGAGAAAGCUGAAGCCAAAGCGCGACUGCGUCGAAUCGAAGCCGCCAAAAGAUCAAGCUCCUCCUCCAGCACUACCAAUACUACCACCCCCACCAGCAUGCCGUCCGCUUGCGAAUGUACUCCUUGGGUCACCCAAACCAUAAUCAACAACCACAUCAUCAAUCAUGUUACUAACACCAACUACCUGACCUAUGGCCCUACAGACUACCCGUCUAUCCCUUCCGCCAAAGCACAGCCUGGCAUCGCUUCCGACAGCGACGACACGGCGGGUAGUGAGGGGUUCAUGUUUCUUCUAGUGGUUUUGGUCCUUGGCUUCUGGAUUGUGAAAUAUAUCUAUCAACAUCUUAACCGCCGCAACGGGACUGCUCAUCCUCCUCCGCCACCACCACAACCACCCGCAGCAACAACAAUGGUAACAUGGGCUGAUUUCCCUCCGAUCACAUCUCUUCCUCCGGUCGGAGAACCUCCUCUGUUCCACAUGAGCUUGGAUGCAGCUCUGCCAUCAUCAUCACCAAGAUAUGUCCGGGAGGCCUCGCCGGCUUCUACACUAGUCGACGCGAAUGAAGCUUCUCUCGGUCCUCUUGCCCCUUCAUCUCUGGACUCUCCCUCCCCUCCUCCUUCUUCUCUCUCAUCAACUUCGUUCUGCUCAGCAGAAUCGGUUCCGGACCUCCCACUGAAUGAAACGGCACCCACUCCCACUUCCAACCGGGCUCAGUCUUCUCUCUCUCCCCUUCCUUCUUCCUCCCCCUUUAGCUUUGCCGCCCCUUCUCGCUCUGCUUCUCCUGUUUCUCCUCUCUCUCCUUUCCCUGCUUUCUCUGCCUCUCCCUCUUCCCCCGUUUCUCGUUCGCCUUGGGUGCCCCCUUCACGAAGGACCCGACCCUUGGACCUACCGGCUUUUGCUCCGGCUCCUCCGGCUGCUCCGGCCGCCACCCCCGACCGUUCUUCGUCCAUCCCUGAAGGACUUAUACCCAAGGAUGCGAACAAGGACUUACUCGUGCAGCUGGACGAGCGGAAGUUCCAGCUGGAAAGAAUCUAUCGGGCCAUGCGCAUCGCGAACAAGGAAGCACUCAAGCGCGGCAAGGCCACGUUGAGCAACGAGCGUCUCGUUGCUGCAGCAAUUACCAUGGAGCGAAGCAAAGUGAGAUGCGCGAACAUCGGCCGCCACACGACCGCAAAAAUGGCGUUGUAUAACUACAAGGCUUUGGUCGGUGCUGUUGUCGGUCGUCUAGAGGAUCCAAACUCUGAGGAGUUUCAGGACAGGGUGGUGGCUACGUCGCCAAGGUUCACCACAUACGGCUGGUGA